CUCACAUGUGCUUGUCCGCGACCCGUAUACUUCGCGGUGAUUAGAACUACGCACAAUCUCAGCCGUUUCUAUCUCGCUCUCCUACUAGCUUGAAAAUCUGGGAAGAUCACGAGAACAAUCAUAUGAACAAGUUGAAGAAGCCUGAUCAUGCCAGUGGACGAGGCAUCGCUGUGGCAGGAGGACAGGACAGUCUACCGUCUUCUUCACCCACCUCUCAGAGCCGAACUAUGAUGUACGCGCGAGCCGUGGUACCCACCACAGUACUGGGCUGCCCGCGCUUGACCGCGGAGGCCCUGCUCUCCGCGCGCGUCGCGCACCAAGGCGAAUUGUUGGCGUUGAGCACCACGGAGGAGGAGAAACGCGCGCGGCAAUACGAGGCGCGCCAUGUGAAGUUGGAGACACUUGUGGUGAGCUCUCUUUCAGUGUCGCUAAUGUACGGCUUGACCUCGUGCGUAGAUAUUCCUCUAUGUUGCCUCGUCGCAACUGUGGCCGCAAUCAUACAUUCGUAUUCUCUCGUGCGCCACUCGGCGUCCACAGGGUGGUCUGUACCCACGCACUUCACGAUACCCAUCCUUUCCCCCUUUGCGUCCGUGGUUGAACACGAGACAUCCGCAUUCGGCACCAGACUGCUCAUAGCCUGCACCGCGAUCUGUGCCAUGCUAGCAUACGCGUGCUUUCGUUACUGGAUGUCGCAUGCAUCUAAAUGACCAGACUCGUCGCGCCCGGCGCACUUAUCUCUGGUCGUACGUGAGUUUCGACGGGAGGUUCGCAUAUGCAUAUGCGACCAUAGACGAGUUCCAUAUGUAUGCAGUAGCAAUCAGUAGGUGCGUACAGUAUGCGACGAUAUGCAAUGACAUGACGUGGAUAUACA